GGGUUUGUUGAGGAAGUGAAAAGUGGGUGUAGACCUCGCUGGAAAGAGGCCGAGGCGGGGCACCUACACGGGAGACUUUCCUCAAAAUACAGUCCCUCUCGUCCGUUCUCGUUAGGAGAUUGUGACAGUAUUCUGACAGUUUCAAACCUGACUUCAGAGGCUAGUUGCAACUUAGAAAUGGAGGCUGAAGAUUUAAGUGGCAGAGAAUUGACAAUUGAUUCCAUAAUGAACAAAGUGAGAGAUAUUAAAAAUAAAUUUAAAAACGAAGAUCUUACUGAUGAGCUAAGUUUGAGUAAAGUCUCUGCUGAUACUACAGAUAACUCUGGAACUGUUAACCAAAUUAUGAUGAUGGCAAACAACCCAGAGGACUGGUUGAAUUUCUUGCUCAAAUUAGAGAAAAACAGUGUCCCCCUAAAUGAUGCUCUUUUAAAUAAAUUGAUUGGUCGGUAUAGUCAAGCCAUUGAAGCACUUCCUCCAGAUAAAUAUGGCCAAAAUGAAAGUUUUGCUCGAAUUCAAGUGAGAUUUGCUGAAUUAAAAGCUAUUCAAGAGCCAGAUGAUGCACGUGACUACUUUCAAAUGGCCAGAGAAAACUGCAAGAAAUUUGCUUUUGUGCAUAUAUCGUUUGCACAAUUUGAACUGUCUCAAGGCAAUUUAAAAAAAAGUAAACAACUUCUUCAUAAAGCUGUAGAAAGUGGAGCAGUACCACUAGAAAUGCUGGAAAUUGCCAUCCGUAAUUUAAACCUCCAAAAAGUGCAGCUACUUUCAGAGGAGGAAAAGAAGAGUUUAUCAGCACCUAUAGUACUAACCGCUCGAGAAUCAUUCGCCAGUUCGCUUGGACAUUUACAGAAUAGGAACAUUAGUUGUGAUUCCAGAGGACAGGCUCCUAAAGCCAGGUUUUUGUAUGGAGAGAACAUACCCCCACAAGAUGCAGAAGUAGGUCAUCGAAAUCCCUUGAAACAAUCUAACAAAACUAAACGGUCGUGCCCAUUUGGAAGAGUCCCAGUUAACCUUCUAAAUAGCCCAGAUUAUCACAUGAAGACAGAUAAUUCAGCUGUGCCAAGUUUUACAAAAAGACAGAUCUCUGGAUCAGAAUGCCGAGAUUUGAAUGUGCCUGGAUCAGAAUGCCGAGAUUUGAAUGUGGCUGUAUCUAAACUAAGUGGAAAGGAUUCCCACGAAAGGAGAAGUUUAAAGUCUGUUAAAAAUAUCCUUUCCAAGGAACCUGUGGAGUCAGAUGAAAAGAGUUCUGAACUUAUUACUGAUUCAAUAACCCUGAAGAAUAAAACUGAAUCGAGUCUUCUAAAUAAAUUAGAAGAAAUGAAAGAACACCAAGAACCAAAGGUUCCAGAAAGUAAUCAGAAACAAUGGCAAUCUAAGAGGAAGUCAGGAUGUGUGAACCCGAAUCCUGUUAGCUUUUCAAAUCAGUGGCAUAUUCCAAAUGUAACCCCAAAGACUGAUAUAGAGCAGAAACAUGCCACUGUUGAGCAGCCUGUCGUUUCAUUUUCAAAGCAGUCACCUCCAAUGUCAGCACCUAAAUGGAUUGAUCCAAAAUCUAUUUGUCAGACGCCCAGUAGCAAUACCUUGGAUGAUUACAUGAGCUGUUUUAGAACUCCAGUUGUAAAGAAUGAUUUUCCACCUGCAUGUCCGUCAUCAACACCAUACAGCCGGCUUGCCUGUUUCCAACAGCAGCAGCAGCAGCAGCAAGUGCUCGCUACUCCUCUUCAAAACUUACAGAUUUCGGGAUCCUCUUCAGCAAACGAAUGCAUUUCAGUCAGAGGAAGAAUUUAUUCCAUAUUAAAACAGAUAGGCAGUGGAGGUUCAAGUAAGGUAUAUCAGGUGUUGAAUGAAAAGAAGCAGAUAUAUGCUAUUAAAUAUGUGAAUGUAGAAGAAGCAGAUAAUCAAACUAUUGAUAGUUAUCGGAAUGAAAUAGCUUAUUUGAAUAAACUACAACAACACACUGAUAAGAUCAUCCGACUUUAUGAUUAUGAAAUCACAGACCAGUAUAUCUACAUGGUAAUGGAAUGUGGAAAUAUUGAUCUUAAUAGUUGGCUUAAAAAGAAAAAAUCGAUCAAUCCAUGGGAACGCAAGAGUUACUGGAAAAAUAUGUUGGAAGCAGUACACACUAUCCAUCAACAUGGCAUUGUUCAUAGUGAUCUGAAGCCUGCCAACUUCCUGAUAGUUGAUGGAAUGCUAAAGCUAAUUGAUUUUGGAAUUGCAAACCAAAUGCAACCAGAUACAACAAGUAUUGUUAAAGAUUCUCAGGUUGGCACCAUUAAUUACAUGCCACCAGAAGCAAUCAAAGAUAUGUCAUCCUCAAGAGAGAAAGGGAAACCCAAGUCAAAGAUAAGCCCCAAAAGUGAUGUUUGGUCCUUAGGAUGCAUUUUGUACAAUAUGACUUAUGGGAAAACACCAUUUCAGCAUAUAAUUAAUCAGAUUUCUAAGUUACAUGCCAUAAUUGACCCUAAUCAUGACAUUGAAUUUCCUGAUAUUCCAGAGAAAGAUCUUCAAGAUGUGUUAAAGUGUUGUUUAAUAAGGGACCCUAAACAGAGGAUAUCCAUUUCUGAGCUCCUGGCACAUCCAUAUGUUCAAAUUCAAACUCAACCAGGUAAUCAAAUGGCUAAAGGAGCCACUGAUGAAAUGAAAUAUGUUCUAGGCCAACUUGUUGGUCUGAAUUCUCCUAACUCCAUUUUGAAAGCUGCUAAAACCGAGGUCUGUGGAUGCUCCUCCAAAAGGCAGUGGGACCUCAACUUAACACUGCUGAAAAGAAUUUCAGGACUCGUCAAAAGCAAGGUACAAGCAAAGAUUUAUCAAAGGACAAAAAAGGUAUCCCCUCACCUCAGAGAAGACCAGUGAUGUAUCCAGUUCUCUGACUAUAUAUAUGAUUUUUUUGGAAAGAAAUUCUCUGACUAUAUAUAUGAUUUUUUUGGAAAGAAAUGUGCAGUUUCUCAAGAAAGCUUUUGUGAACAUCAAAUCCCAUGUCAAUUAUUUGCUUUUGGGGGUUCUGAAUGUUUCUUCUUGGUUAGGUGGUCUAGCUAUAAAUAAGUUGUGGGCACACUGUGUAAGUCUUUGAAUCUGGUGACACUUAAAUUAGUUGUUGUUGUUUUUUUUUUUUUUCCUAUCUGAUCUGGUACAAGCAUACACUGGAGAUUUUGUUCAUCUAACGUAAAAGACAAGCAUGGUCAGUCAUGCCUCCAGAUCUAGAUCUCCAUUUGUAAGGGUCUCUCUCUCUCUCCCCGAGAGCUCACCUAUCUCAGCUGGGGCAUUCCUGGACUUGGAGUUGUGUUUAUCAUACUCCACCAAGUUGCCAAAUGUAUAUUUCACAGAUGUUUCUCCCAGAUUAGUAAAUAAAUACUCAUCUGUGCUUACC